UUGAAAAUCUUUGAGUGCCAUUUUUGUGAUACGAAUCCGCUUAUUUCUUGCUCAUUUUCUUGGCUCCCACGCGCAAGUGUGUGUGUGCACGUCGCGUUGGAUAGUGAGAGAAUUUUGAGCCUGAAAAAUUCGGCAGUGUGACUCGGGUAUUUGAUGAAAAUACUGAUUUUCCUCUGAUUUUUUUCCACGUUGAACCCGAAAAUAGGAAAAAAGAGCCUUUCCUCAUAAGGCACAAGCACGGACGGUGGUUAACGAAAACGGAGUUCCAGCAUGGCGCGGUUAUCGGUGUGGGUCCUUCUAGGACUUGCACUGUUCACCCUUUCGGUGCACGACCUCCAAGUUAAAGCAGAAGCACCAACAGAGUAUGAAUGCCGACCAUAUAUCGAAAAGGCGUUACACGAACUGAAGGCAGGAGAAACGACGAGUAAAGAGGAAACAGCCACCGAAGAGCCCAGUACCGAGUCACCCAUAGACGUCACUAGCCAAGAAGAGGAAGACAACACUGCCGCCGAGGAGACCAGUAUUGAACAAGAUGUUCCAGAACCCGAAGAGCUGACACCAUCGGAAGAGGUGCAGGAAGCAUUAUUCGACAAUUCCACCGAGCAACCCACCGAAGGUAGCGAGGAAAAUGCCGAAGAAGAUGAAGUGCCUGCUUCUGAAGAAGCAGCAGCGGAAGAGGAAGAAGAAGAAGACGAGGAGGAAGCGGAAGAAGACACACAAGACGAUGAAGCUGUAACCGACAAUCAAGAACAGGCAGCCGAAGACGACGAAGAGGAAGAAGAGGACGAAGCCGUUGAGGAAGCAGAAGAGGACGAAGCCGCCGAAGAAGCCGAUGAGGAUGAAGCAGCAAGUGCAGAGGCUGAGGAAGCGGACGAAACGGACGUAGAAGCAGCUAGCGAAGAGCAGACCGGAGACGAUGCCGAAGAUGACGCCGAGGAAGAUGAGGAGACCGCUGAUGACCAGGAAGAUGAAGAAGCUGAAACAGUAAGUGAAGAGGCUGCUGAACAGGAGGAUGAAGAAGAUGGAGAAGGCGAUGAGGAAGAGGAUGACGAAGACAAGACUGAGGACGAUGCUGAGGACGAAGAAGACGAAGAACAGACGGUGAGCGCUGAAGAGGAGGAGGAAGAAGAAAACGGUGAAGAUGAAGAUGGAGAGGAAGAUGAAGACGCUGAAGAGAAUGAUGACGAUGGACAGGAAGAUGAGGAUAAUGAGACUGAGGACGCCGACGAUGUAGACAAUGAUGAUGAUGAGACGGGGGAAGAUGAUGAGGAACAAGCAAUUAGCACUGAACAGGAAGACGAAGAAGAUGCAGAUGAGGAAGUAGACGACGAAGUAGGUACUGAAGGUGAAAAAGAUGAUGAAAAUGGGGAAGAGGAUGAGGAAGAAUAUGAAGAAGAAGGCGAGGAAGAAGAUGAGGCACAAACAUUAAGUGCAGAACAGGAAGAAGAUGAAGAUGAAGACGAUGUAGAUGAUGAAGAUGUAGACAAUGAGAUAGGAGAUGAGGAUGCUGAGGCAAGUACAGAAACAGAUCAGGAUCAGGACGAAGAUGAAGAUGAUGAUCAGGAACUUGAGCAGGAUGAUGAUGACGAUCAAACCGGCGAGGGUGAAGACGAUGAAAAUGACACUGAUAAGGACGAUGAAGACGAUGAAGAAGAAGAAGAUGUAGGAACAACGGCGGAUGAAGAGGAUGAGUCCGAAACAUUGAGCGAAGAAACGGAACAACUUAUCGAUGAAGAUGACGAACCUACAGCUAGUGCUGAGGAAGAGGAAGUUGAAGAAACUGAAGCUGUUGAUGAGGAAAAACCAUCGGCGGAAGCAGAACCCGAGGCAAGUCCAGAAGUCGUGGAUGAAGCAAGCCCUGAAGCUGAAGAAGAACAAGCCACAGCUAGUGAUGAAGUAGCAGAAGAAGUAAGUGCCGAAGCAGUAGAAGAAGCCGUAGAAGAAUCAGCUGAGCCAGCUGAAGAAGUUUCUGCAGAAGCUACUGCUGAGGAGGUUGUAUCUACUGAGGAAGAACAACCUGCUGAAGAAGUUGUGCCAGAAAGCACAGAGGAGGCUGCUGUGGUUGAGGAAGCCGUUGUAGAAGAAUCCGCAGAAGAAGGUGAAGUGGCCUCGGAACCAGCCGUAGCUAAGGAAGAAGUCUCAGAAGAAGCGGCAGAAAAGGUAGAAACCGCACCAGAAGAGGCUGAACCCACUCCCGAAGAAGCUGUUGAGGCUGUUUCGGAAGAAAGUUCCAAAGAAUCCGAACCGCUUCCAGAGGAAGACCUGCUACUGGAGUACGAAAUCCCAUCGAACCUUAGAGAUACUUCGCACAUUUACGAGUUGCUCCAUAUCAACGAUCAAUCCGCCGAGAAGGAGCAAGCCCUCCAGAAGGUUGCCGACGUAAUCCUCCGUGAUCUGAAGAAAAUCUACGACACCGCCAUCAAACCGUUGGAAACCUUGUACAAGUACCGUGAUCUCAGUAAUCGUCACUUCGGCGAUCCAGAAAUUUUCUCCAAGCCGCUUAUCCUGUUCAUGGGCCCGUGGAGCGGCGGAAAGUCAACCAUUCUGAACUACCUAACCCACAACGAAUACACUCCCAAUUCGGUCAGAACUGGUGCAGAGCCAUCGCCAGCCUAUUUCAACAUUCUCAUGCACGGAGAUGAACCAGAAGUGCUGGAUGGAACCCAACUCGCUGCCGAUUGGACUUUCUCUGGACUGCAGAAGUUCGGUCAAGGACUGUUGGACCGUCUGCGGGGUCACAAACUGCCAAACAAGCUGCUCGAACGGGUCAACAUCGUCGAAAUCCCCGGAAUUCUGGAAGUGCGCAAACAGGUCUCCCAGUACUUCCCCUUCAACGAUGCCUGCCAGUGGUUCAUCGAUAGGGCUGACAUUAUCUUCCUGGUGUACGAUCCCUCCAAGCUCGACGUCGGACCUGAAACGGAAGCCAUUCUGGAUCAACUGAAGGGAAGAGAAUAUCAGACCCGCAUCCUGCUCAACAAGGCCGACCAGGUCAAACCGGAAGAGCUGCUCCGCGUCCAGGGUGCCCUGAUCUGGAACAUUUCGCCACUGAUGUCGUCCGCUCAGCCCCCGGUGAUGUACACCGUGUCCCUGUGGUCCAAUCCUUACGAAUCCGGAGCGCCGGUGCGUCUACUGCAGGCCCAGGAGCGCUCGCUGCUGCUCGACUUGGGUCAGGCCAUCGACAAGCGCAUCGAAAACAAGAUUGCCAGUGCCCGUCGUUUCGCUGUACGUGUGCGCAAUCAUGCCAAGAUGGUCGACUGCUACCUGACGACGUACUACAACCACAAGACCCUCUUCGCGAAUAAGAAGCACAUCUCCGAGCAGAUCAUCGGCAACCCGCAGCAGUAUCACAUCUACGAAGGCCUGUCCACGUUGACCAACAUCUCCCGCUACGAUCUGCCCGAUCCGGACGUGUACCGUGACUUCUUCCACCUGAACCCGCUGUACGAGUUCCAGAAGCUGUCCGAGACGUGCACGUACUUCCGCGGCUGUCCCAUCAACAAGCUGGACAUUGCCAUCGCGUACGACCUGCCGGAACUGGUCGGCAAGUACAAGAAGAUGGCCGAAGCAGCCCUGGACAAGCUGCAAAUCCCGAAGGCAACUACUGAUUUCGGACGAGGAAAAUCAAGCAGUUGAGUGUGUGAUACGAGAUAGUGGGCGGCGAGCAUCGCGCGCAAUGCAUCCUCCACAGUCCGCCCCCGCCCUCUCAUCCCAUCUAUCCCUGUUCGAUGUUAUUGUUUCUCUCACACACGCGCAAUCGUUGAAUUUUUGUUUCGAACCUUCAUACACAUUUGUUUUGUUACGAUAUAUAGUUAUUGUAUAUCUGUAUAGCUUUUAGGUGUAAUGCACGAAUGCACGAGCAUUACACAUCUGUGUCACAAAUACAAAUUGUCCAUGUAAAAGUGAACGAAUGAUUGAUCUAUAUAUAAAUUGCAACCUGUCAUUUAUAGCAAUGCAUUAGUAGAGGGAUGAGCAGAAGUUAUUUUACUUUUAGUUUUUGUUCUGUUUUAGUAGCGUAGGAUUCAACCCUUCCAUUCGAAAGAAACAACAAAACUACGAGAAAAACGGCAUCUUCAAAUUCGAAACUUGCUUUGAAAACAAGAAAACAAAUCUAACGUGUAUUCUAGUCAUUUUCUAAUUGUUUGCAAGAGGCUGAUGAAAAACCAUGAAAACAUGAGAAAGGACAUAACCUCUACAUUUGAGACAAAAAAAAAGAAGAUAAACGCUGGUGAUGGUGUAAUGCAAACAUAAUUCUGCGAGGGAGACGCCACCAAUAGAGCCACAACAUUUAUAACAACGAUCGCUUUGAAAAGUCAGCCAACAGCCAGCCCCCAAAAUGCACAACCAACAUACAAAACAGUAUCAAGAGAGAGGUGUAAACGGAACGUGUCAGCAUUUACAAUUGCAAUUUGUGCAUGUGGAGCUAUUGUAACACUACAAAUAUUCUUGUAACAGCUCAGUUGAUCAGAAAUAAAAAUUGAAUAUCAUCGA